ACGCACACGCACGUCGAGUUACCUGUUGUUUUUGUGUACAUCUCUACAAUCUCUACAAAAUGGAGCAAUAUUUUGGAACGUGGAAAAUCAACGCUGCAGAGAAUAAAGGCUUUGAAGAAUUUGGGAGAUGCGCUGGAAUGUCGGCAGAACAGGUGGCAGCUUUAAACAACAGAGAUUUCAUCAUGCUCAUCGAAGAGAAGGCUGGGGGAUCCUACAGCUGACGGUGUCUAUGCAAGGCAACAUGUUGGUGGAAGAUUUCGUGCAGGAGGACGGAUCUACCUGGACGGUACGCACUCGUCCAGAGGGAAAAGAUCUUCUGGUGGCGAAAUCUUGA